GACUAUUUCAUUUGUGAAACUAGAUAGGUCCUUUUUCGUAAAUGGAUUCUAUAUCAUCGAAAGUAUGCUAAAUAAUUGAGAGCUUGUGAAUGCCAAUGUCGCGUUGCUUUCUCAUAUAAGGAAGAUAAAUUGCGGUUUUGACUUUAGACGCGUAAAGGCAAAAUGCUUUCCUUAUUUUUGAGAUAAAGCAUUUUUAAUUAAAUGAUUUGAAAUUGAAACAGGUAAUUGAAUAGGGAAGGAAUCCCGUUUUCGAAACAUAAACAAGUUUCAAUCAUUCAUCACAUACGCGUAUAGUGCAAUAGAGCGAAGGUGUAUAUUCUAUCACAAUUAAGGUAAAAGGAAGUCAGGUUUCUAGUAUGGCAAACUUAUACAAUUGAAAGCUCGAAACUAAAACAAAAAGGCAUUUAUCUAAUCGUGUCAAGUACGAUUUUUUUGAUUUUUUCAACCAGCAGACCUUAACAUUCGUUCAUUUGUACCUACAUCAUUUUUGAUUUUUUAAGUACGUGAAUAAGGAUAAAGAACGAGCCCCGCUGUGCAUGGGAAGCUGGAUUUUCUCACUAUACAGGCUGUGCUUUUCCUCAACCGAAGGGAAGCAUUUGUUGUAGCAUUUUUUAUAUCCUUCUUUUAUUCGGAUUGGAGCUUUUUGGUUGAUUUCUUUGGAACGCAUUCGAAUUUUCAGCCGGUUGGGCUACAGUCUCUAUUCAAACGAGGUACCAACUCGGCGGGUGAAUUCUUGGGUAAUUCCUUAACCCAUUCUCAUCCUUCUUUGUAAUUACAACGUUCAUUUGAAAAUAAAAGUCAUGGAUUCGAAUUUGACUGGCGGAACGUCUUUGCCGCAGCCUGAAAUGGCCGCGGCUAAUGCACCACAAUUGGACUCUGUACAGCAGUUUAAUCCUCGUUUUAUGUUUCAACAAAGCGAAGAAUUUAUUAAUCAUCGUCCAUUUCCCAAUCAACCUCCUCGUAAGUCGGCUGAAGAUCAAGAGUAUGAAAUUCGAAAGCUAGCUUCAGAGUUUGAAAACUGUUCCCUUGACUCGAUCGCCGAGAAGAUACGAAUAGACCCUUAUGGCGGAAAUGCUGAAAAACUCCGCCAAAUUUUCGGAGUUUGUUGGCUCAAACAAUCUUGCGAAGACCAAGAAGAUGCUGCUGUUCAACGAAACCAAAUAUAUGCCCAAUAUGUUGAUGCUUGUAACGUCUAUCAUGUAAAAACAUUAAGUUCCGCUUCUUUUGGUAAACUUGUUCGCAUGCUAUUUCCUACCAUAAAAACACGGCGGCUUGGCACUCGUGGUCAUUCUAAAUAUCAUUAUUGUGGCUUAAAACUACGUGGACACGAGCCAUUUCGAAAGCAUCGUCGCAUUUCCGAAUCGAGCGUUUCUCCUGACUCAUCAUUAUCUUUCACAAAAUCACUCUCUUCUAACAUUGAUACCGAUGUCGGCCAAAUGGCUCCUGUAUACCCUCCUCCACCUGUUGAUCCUGCUACUACUACUCCUGUAACAUCUAAAAGUAGUGCUCCUUCUCUUUCUGACGCAUAUACUUCUUCCUCGCCGCCAAUAUCUCUGUUGACUUCCUCCGUCAAUAUGCAACCACACGCCGCCAGUUCUCCUAGACUAUAUCCCUCUCAGCCUUCCACUAUUCCCACCCAACUUCCUCAUCAACCUAUUCCCUCAAAUCCUGCAUUUUCAUCUUCAGUCCAUCAUUUUACAUCUCCGUUCAAUCCCCCGAACCAAAGCAUUGGUCCAUCUGUGCAUUCUGAAGCGAAUCCCAAUUAUUGGUAUACACAAAAUUCUGUGUACAAACUAAGGUUAAAGUUUCUACCUCCUCAUAAACUUCCUUGGAUUCCUUCAUUAGAUAUCUCUUCCUUUUCACUACCUCCUAUCGAUUAUUAUUUAAGUACUCCUUUUGAUAAUCAUGAAGCAAAGGCGGCUCUGAUGACGGUUUAUUCCUCUCAUUGCAUUACUCUCAUUGAAUCAAUUCGUUAUAUGCAUUUAAAGCAAUUCCUUUCUGAAAUAUCUAGUUUUCCAAAUAGCCUUUCGCCUUCUCUUCUUGCAUUACUCGCUUCACCGUUCUUUUCUAGAUGGAUCGAGAAGUCGGAUAUGAUUAUGUAUCAGGAAAUACUGAAGCUUUUGUUUCCUAUGACAUUACAAGUAGUACCAACUCCUGUCUUGGUGCUGUUACGACAUUUGACAGAGAAUCUUCUUAGUCAUAUGUCUAGUAUAUACAGCUCACAUUCACGUUGCUUGGCACAAGUAAAAAUUGAAAGCGCUGCUACAUUCAGUAAUCUCCUGUCCCGUCUUCUACGGGUAAAUGACACCGCACACGCUGCUGCUAGAUUUUUGGCCAAUCCUGCCGACCGGCAACUGAUUUGUAGCGAUUGGGAGCGUUUUGUGAACACAAAAGUAAUCGUGUCUCGGGAAGCUAUGCAUAAUGAUAAAGAGGCCGUAAACGUCCUUGACGAAUGGUUUUCUCUUCUUUCGACUUGCUCUAGUCCGUCAGAGCUUCUUGAUCCUUUAAAAGAGAAGUCGAAUGUUAAUGACAUGGCUAUGCAUAGGAUAGAAUUACGCCAAAUAGAUGGAGUCUUGGAUAGAAUGGCCGAUUUCUUUUUAGAAUUGCCUUCGAGAUUUCCUUCUUGCUCUCCUAGAACGUUUUUACUAUAUUUAAGCGCACUGCAAACUAGUGUACUUCGGGAGAUUACUGUUGGUGGUGGUAAAGCAUUUGGUGCAUUAUGGGUGAUUCGUUGUUGGGUUGAUGAAUACAUGACAUGGGUCGCCGAAAUUGGCGGCUUUUUGGACGAUGAUAAUGAUGAAGUUCCUCAUGUGCAAUUUCAUGGAAAUGAUACCUUAUCGUCUGAACAGUUAGCACAUUCCUUGCACUCUCGUCAGCACAUUCCACAGCAAUUUCCCCCAAAGUUUCAAACCGAGGUGUCUCCGCUUCAUCCACAGCAAGAGCAACAUAAUAAACCAACGGUAUGGGACCCUUAUGACAAUGUACAGAAACAAAGAGAGGAAGAUUACAUGUCUGUUGUGUUCGAUACGAAUGGUGCUUGUAGUUGAUGUACAGUAAAGAAGUUCUUCAUUUUUAUUAUUGUUAUUUCUGGAUUUGUUCUAAUCCCCGUUCAUCUUUUUAAGAUACGUGUUUAUGAAUAUUCUUUUUGUUGUUUGUUUUGCCAUAUCUGGAAAUACGGUCUCUGCUUCGGGAAUGAAUAUAAGGAUACACGGCAAACUUUCAUUAGCUCCUUUCUUCUCUUUUUUAUCUUUGGUUCUUUGAUAUCAUCGAUCAUUUUCAUUUCCAUUUUUUGGUUAUUUAAUUUCAUUCAUUUUCAUUUUGUUACGGCAUUUGUAAUAAAAGAUAUCUAUUUUUUUUUUUUGGGUUGAACUACUUUGAACGCGUCUAAUGUAU